UAAUUUCUUCCUUAACUGUUCCAUUGCUAAACAAACAUGGGAACAGUGUGCCGAGGCAUAGUCGAUGCUCUAAAUGCUAAUCUCAGUGGAAAUGGCACUCAAACUUUGGUUCUGGCUCACGGAUUUGGCACAGACCAAACUGUGUGGCAUUAUCUUAUUCCCUUCCUUGCAUGCUACUUCAAGAUCCUACUUUUCGAUUUGCCUUUCACCCCAAAUGCAAGUUCUUCCCUUUAUAAUCCAAACAAGUAUUCAACUUUCGAUGCAUAUGCUGAUGACUUGGUGUGCCUUCUCGAUCAGCUCAAUUUGAAGAAAACUAUUUACGUCGGCCAUUCCAUGUCAGCCAUGAUUGGAGCCUUAGCUGCAACAAAGAGACCACAACUCUUUCAACAUCUAGUCCUCCUAGGUGCUUCUCCAAGGUAUCUGAACGAAGAAGGGUACAAAGGAGGCUUCACUGCAUCAGAACUGCAGACAAUCUUUGAAUCAAUGCAAAAGAACUUUUCAGGUUGGGCACACGGAUUCGCUCCAUACGCUAUCAGCGCAAACGAUCCUUCUGCAGUAGCAGAAUUUGAAGAGAGUCUGCUAAGAAUGAAACCAGAAGUUGCACUGAGUGUGGCUAAAACAGUGUUUCUAAGUGACCUCAGAUGGGUUCUGUCACGAGUUCGUGUGCCUCAUUGCACCAUAAUUCAUACCAGAAAAGACCCUAUUGUUCCUGUAAAUGUUUCUUUCUACAUGAACAAAAAACUGGGCACUCCUUCCAAACUAAUUCUAGAAGUACCAGGUCAUUUUCCUCAGUUGACAGCUUCUACUUUGUUGCUGCAAGUUCUUAAGGAUACACUCUCUCUCAAGUGACAUAAAAGUCUGAUAUAUGAUUUCGAUACCUAAUAUUAAAAAGUUAACAAAAUAUGAUAAUAGAAUAAUCCUAUUAAUUAGGGAACAUGGAGUCUCUAGCAGUUUAGUUAUUUAUUAUUACUACAAUUUAUUGUCAUUUCUUUUUAUUUCUUCUUAAAAUACCUUUAAUUAAAAUAUUAUGUUGUAGUCUU